GAAGCGCCCUCCCAUCCGCCUCACACCAUCCUGUCAGCCAGAGGUUACACCAGUCCGGGAUAAAGCUGGCAAAAAUGUGAUUUUGUAGCUACAAUUACACAGUUAGUGUGUUUGAGGGUUUUUUUUUUGUGCGACUAGCUACAAAAUCUGACAGCGAGGAAAACGAGAAACGUAUGCGCCGGAGCAGCUCGUGUCUUUUCAAGGUUUCCUGUGGAGGUUGUGGUCCGGGACAGCGGAGCAUCGACUGAGGUUCUCGGCGCAUUGCUCUUCCCCCAUCCCAGAGAUGCUGCCCUGCCUGCGGAGAGUCAUGCGGCCCGCUCUCUCUCUGAGAGCCGGGACUGGGCUGGCCAGAGCCGGACUCAGCAACCAUCAAACACCCGCCAUGGCAUCCUCGGCACGGUUCGCCUCUGAGCCCCCGCUCUGCAUGCUGGUGCAGCGGUGUAACCUGGGCACGCACCCGCUGAAGGAACCCGUGGAGCCUCUCAACUCGCCCCGCGGAGCCAAGGAGUUUAUUUAUAGCCUUCAUCCGUCUGAGCGCACCUGUCUUCUGCGAGAACUGCACAAGUUCGAGUCCAUAGCUAUAGCUCAAGGGCAGUUGGAAAUUGCACCACCUACUGCAGCACAGUUGAGAUAUGUUUUGCUGCACAAUGCACUCCCUUUUGUUGGAUUCGGAUUUCUGGACAACUGCAUCAUGAUUGUUGCUGGCACGCAGAUUGAGUUAUCCAUCGGCGUUAUCCUCGGCAUUUCAACUAUGGCAGCUGCUGCCCUUGGCAACCUGGUGUCUGAUCUGGCAGGACUAGGGCUGGCAGGUUACGUGGAGGCCUUGGCGUCUCGGCUGGGGAUGCAGAUUCCUGACCUGAGCCCAAAACAGGCCGAUAUGUGGCAGACCAGAGUCAGCUGUCACGCGGGCAAAGCCAUUGGUGUUGGCAUCGGCUGUAUCCUGGGCAUGUUUCCUCUUCUGUUCUUCAAGGACGAUGAUGAGAAGAAAGAUGGCCAGACGGAGGCGAAGGAGAAAACACAGUCGCCACCUGCUCCAACAGAGAGCAGCAAAAACUGAAAACUGACAACUUGCCGGAGACAAAUACUAUUUGGAAUCCAUUCGAAUACUUUAAACUUGGACUGAUUGGCCUUGCCUGGUGGACUGGUGUAUAUGGAAAUGUCACUGAACCCCAUACAGUGUAAUCACUGGGUACUUCACUUUCCAAGGCUGAAUCAAACUGUCAAAGGUAUUCUGAAGAGGAUUUUAAAUAUUAUUUGAUUAUGGACUUUUUAACUGAAGCACAGGGACCUGACUGUCUCUUGAAGAGACAUGAGACCAUUGAUUCAUUGGACUGCUGCUACUUCAACUAUUCCACCGUAACCUCACCUUGUUUUGACUUGACUGACACAGGCUGAAAUGCAUUCAUCUAACACACACUGCAGUGGCCUGUUUCUCUGCUCUACUCUGAGUCUUUUGACUGGAACAAAAAAAAGAACCUGAUGACUCGCGACGUUUAUGUGGUGCGUAGGUGAAAUGAAAGUUAGGGCUCCCUGAAAUAUCACAACAAAACUUUGGAAUCAAUGCAAGUAAACAAAACAUUACCAGAGCUGAUUCAGAAAAAAAAAAAAAGUUUCUUUCAUGGCAUUUUGACAUUGAAGUUUUCUUGUAUAUUGUCAGAAAUCCUGAUCAUUAAUAGAUCAAGACUGAACGAAGAGCCAUGUCAUCGAACAGUGUUACAAGUGUUAAAAAAACAUGUUAAAGGACUCUCCUGUGCUUCCUCAGUCAAUCAAAGUUUUUGAGGGUGAUAAGUCAAGGAGAGAGAGUCACAUUUGCAUAUUAAGAUGCACCAUCCCAAAUUCAGUACAUUACUUUUCAGUUUUGCAAGUAUGCCUGCCUUUUGAUGAUGUCAGAGUCUUAAAACGUCAAAGCCAACAUCCUGCAUCAUCCUCGCUCCAUGACCACCAGUUGGCAACUUAUGGUGAGACAACAGGUGGUUAAAAUACGUAACACUUGCUAGCUGCUUCUUUGGAAUUUUGUGUUUGUUGUUGGUGAUGACCUUUAUGUUUUUUUUAUAUACUUGAUAUCCCCCACAGUAAUAACAUGCAGAAAAUAUCUGUCAUGUAUACCUUAUGUAACCAGGUGGAUGCAGUUCUACAAAACUUUUUAAAGAACAGAGCAGUUGAGCAGGAGGGAGAGAAACGCAGAGAGGCAGAGGGAGGAAGAGGAGCUGUGGCACAAAGAUAAGAAAUGCCAACAUUGAACCACCUGAGACCUCUGUCCCAUUUGCACUGACCUUCUGGCUGCAAUACCGCAUGAUUUAUCUCCUCCUGCUCUGUACCAGCCCGACCUGCAGCCGAACUCCAAAGCACCUCUUCCAUGGUGAGAUAGCGCCGGACCUCUAAUCCAGUUUCUAUUAAAUUAUAAGAGAUGUUCGUUACCCUGUUUUCAUUCUGUGAAAAAGCUGUGAUUGCUUUUUACUGUAAUACUAACGCACAACUGCAUUUCUGCCUGUACCUCGACGAUAAUGUCUCUGUUCUACUGCCCUCCACUGGUCAGUGGAGGCAGUUAUCUUUCAGUGUGGUAGAACUGCUACCACCAUAACACAUAGUUCUAGUUAAUUACCUGUUUGCUUUCCCUGUUUAGUAUUCAAACCCCUCAAAGUAUAGCUAUAAUUAAUCACUUUAUCACUCUAUAAUUAUUGCUCUUAAUCGAUAUGCAAACUAGAUAAUCUGCAGCAUCUGCUAGACAUGAAACACAAUGACAGGAAAGAUAUAUUUGGGAUGAUAGGGCACUACCAUCCAUCCAUGGCUUCAUUCAGCUGUCACUGAUUUCCUCAUUUAUCUUUUUAAGUUUUUUUGUCACCUGCUUGGCACAGGUGGCUCGUCUCAGCAGCAGAACUGCAGAUUGUGAUGAAUCUGUUUAGCAGUUGAAAUGAAAGGAAGCAGCCGUAAUGUCACUGAAUGGAAAUUCCUCUUUAUUUUUGUUAUAAUGUUCAGACUCGUACUCAUGUAUGUUCUCAGUGUAUACCCUCUUUAUCUCAAAGGACAAUGUUAAGAAAAAGACAUAUUUGUACGCACAAAAACACCUUUGUGAAUAUGUUUUCACUAGCAAUCUCUAACAGGAAAGCUCAACUUUGCAGCUGAUCGCUCUCUGUUACAGUCCAUGACUAAACUAACCAAUCAUGUUCUAAAAACUUGACUCUCACAAAGGAGACUUACCCUGUAUAAGAUUGUCCUAGUUAUUUAUAAUGUGGGUAACAGUGAUCCCAAACAGUGAUGAAAAUGAAGAAAAUGUACAAAGAAUUGAACAUAUUUAUGUAGUUAGGAUUUUUGUUGUCAUUGCUUGAUUUCCACCUUGCAUGCACUGCUAAUAAAAAAACCUAUUGUACA